CUCAGUGGGCGACGCGCCCCGCUUUUUCGGGGGGGGGGGUGUUUGCUGGGCGUCCGGAGGCGGUGCAGCGAAGCCACCAUGGCGCAUUCUCGCGACACUUCCCUUGUAGCUAGUGGUUCCAUCGAGCAGCGGCAGAGGUAGCGAAGAAGCAGUGCCAGUCCUCUGAGCGACUGGAGCCAGCUUUGCAGUAGCGUCAGCUGCUGUCGCUGCCACCUUGGUGCACGAAGGGUCCCGAGCAGGGGCGACACCCACCCCCUCAGCCAGCCAUUCCCUUGCAGAGAAUCGCUACCGCCGCCCCUUGGCUUGCGUUCCAGCUCUCUCUCAUACACACACACACACAACACACGCUCGCUCCAGGUGGAAUCUGCAGGAUUUUAAAAAAUCUCCCUCCUUCUCCCGUUUCUCUUCCGUCCCUCAGCAUUUGCUGGUGUUACGUCGGGGUAUUAUUUUCCCCUCCCCACUUCCCUUUAUGUCAAGAAGAGCUUCUUCUUUUUUUUUGCUUGCAAGGGAGGGUUUAAGAGCAGGAAAUUAAAUGCAGCCUUGCUACUGUUGCAAUGGGUACUGACUCGCUGAGAGGAAACAGAGAAGAAGCUGCUGCUGCUGCUGCUGCUACCACCACAGCCUGAAGGAAGCGUCCCCCCAAUCAGCACGUCUUCGCCGCCUCUUCUUAUUUUCCUCCCUAGUCUGCCUUCCAAACCUGCGUUCAUCUGAAACUUUCAGCCUGUGUGGUGGAGCCCCAACUCGACAUAAAUGGUGGAGGCGAUAGUGGAGUUUGACUACAAGGCUCAGCAUGAUGAUGAGCUGACGAUCACUGUAGGUGACAUAAUCACCAAUAUCAGAAAAGACGAUGGAGGCUGGUGGGAAGGACAGCUCAAAGGCAGAAGAGGUUUGUUCCCUGACAACUUUGUAAGAGAAAUAAAAAAAGAUGUGAAGAAAGAAAGUCUUACCAACAAAGCACCAGAAAAGUCUAUACAUGAAAUUUCCAAUGGAAGCCCUUUACUGUUGUCGGAGACAAUUAUUAGAACCUCCAAAAAAGGAGAGAGAAAUAGACGGAGAAGAUGUCAGGUGGCUUUCAGUUACAUGCCUCAGAAUGAAGAUGAACUGGAGUUAAAAGUUGGAGACAUCAUUGAGGUGGUGGGAGAAGUGGAAGAGGGCUGGUGGGAAGGAGUUCUCAAUGGGAAGACUGGCAUGUUUCCUUCUAACUUCAUAAAGGAGCUCUCUGAUUGUGAUGAUGCUGGAACUGUCCUAGAGGAGCAACUAAUAAAACCAAGAAAGUCUGCCUUUCAAGGGACAAUUCUGUAUAAAAUGGCACCAACAAAGAUUGACAGCUACAGACGCUAUAACAGUUUAAGAGAUGCUACAGGCUCUGAAAGCGAUGGUGGAGACUCAAGCAGUACAAAAUCAGAAGGAGCCAAUGGAGCAGCAACAAUCCAACCCAAAAAGGUCAAGGGGAUUGGCUUUGGAGACAUUUUUAAGGACAAACCUAUAAAGCUUCGUCCAAGGUCAAUAGAAGUAGAUAAUGACUUUCUGCCAGUUGAAAAGACUGUUGGAAAAAGAAUACCUACAGCUACAGCAAUUCAGGAGCCAGCGAAAAUAGAACUGGACAGCAGAACAAAGAUAAAGGAGUAUUGCAAAGUUAUAUUUCCAUAUGAAGCACAGAAUGAAGAUGAAUUGACAAUCAAAGAAGGUGAUAUUGUCACUCUUGUAAAUAAGGAUUGCAUUGAUGCUGGCUGGUGGGAAGGAGAGCUCAAUGGCAGAAGAGGAGUAUUUCCAGAUAACUUUGUUAAGCUUCUUCCUCCUGAUUUUGAAAAAGAGAGACCUAAAAAACCACCACCUCCAUCAGCUCCCACAAUCAAACAAGGAUCAGCCACCACAGAUAGAAAGCAUGACGUCAAAAAGGUACCGCCUGAAAGACCAGAAUGUCUUCCUCAUCGAACAGAAGAGAAAGAAAGACCAGAGAGAGAACAAAAACUGUUAGAUUUACAGAAGCCUUCUGUUCCUGCUAUACCACCGAAGAAACCUCGACCACCCAAAACAAACUCUAUGAACAGACCUGGUACAUUGCCUCCAAGAAGACCAGAAAGACCAGUUGUGCCUAUGACCCAUACAAGGAGUGAUAUUCCAAAAGUUGACCUAGUAGGAUGUACACUGUCCGGCACCUUAGAAAAGGAUUCUACAGAAAGAACCAAUGAUGUUGACUUGGAAGGCUUUGAUUCCGUAGUACCAGUUGCUGAGAAGCUAAGUCACCCAACAACUACCAGACCAAAAGCUACUGGCAGAAGACCUCCAUCACAGUCAUUCACAUCAUCUUCACUUUCGAGUCCUGACUUCUUUGAUUCACCAAGUCCUGAAGAUGAAAAGGAAGAACGCAUUUCUCUUCCACAAAAAGUAGCUGAACCAUUGAAGAAAACAAAGACUGUUACAAUAUCGCUAGUAUCUGAUAAUAAAGCUUCAUUGCCUACCAAGCCAGGAGGCUUGACAAGUGGAAGUAAUAUUCCAUCUUCAUUAUCAUCCUCAUCUUCAUCUGCAUUUCAUUCAGUUUCAGUAGGAACAAUAGGCCAUAGGUCAAAUUCCCCAUCUUUAUUCAGUACUGAAGGAAAGCCAAAGACUGAUCACUCCAGCCAAGGUGAAGCAGCUUUGGAAGAGCUGAGAACACAAGUUAAGGAGCUACGAACCAUCAUUGAAACAAUGAAAGACCAGCAGAAAAAAGAGAUUAAACAGUUGCUGUCUGAACUAGAUGAAGAAAAGAAGAUCCGGCUACGGUUACAGAUGGAGGUAAAUGAUAUAAAGAAAGCUCUUCAAUCAAAGUGAAUACCUGAUAGAUGGAAUGUUUGUAUUAUUCAUUGUGACAGAGACUCAAAUUUAUGCCCCAGACAAAAUAACUUUGUGCCAAAUGAGUAAAGAUCUGCCUCUACAUCCCUUUGUUUGAACAACUAGCACAAGAGUUUUAAUAGCACAACACAAAUUCCAGUGGGGAAAUUUCCACGUGAAGCAGUUGCUCAAUUAUGGCACUGGUUGUGACUGAAAUUGUUCUUUCUGUGCUAAAAUCUUCUCUACUUCAACUUCAAAAACAAACUGAAAACUCAGGCAGUUUAGUUCAUAGUGGUACUAUUUUAAUAUUUUCCAUAAGUAAUAUGUACUUAAGGUUUAUCAGUUUACAGGUUUUAUGAUUUUGACUUUUUAAAUUGUCUUUUGUCACAGAUUCUUAAAAUGUUUGUACUACAUAUAGCCAGAAAUGAAUGUUGAUAUUUGGGUGAGGGAUUGUUUCUCUCCCCACCCCCUUUCCUUCACAUAGAGCAGCCUAAUUUGUGUUGUUUUGAAUACUAUUACAUAUGCAAUCUUAUGUCCAAAAAUUAUCUACAAGAUGAAUCUUUCAUUUGUGUACAAAUAGUGUAUUUAAAAAGGAAAUUGAAGAGAAAUCUGGUCUUUGCAAUGAUUUGUGCCUUCUUUUGCCAAACACUGAUUGGAGCUGGUUGUAGGCCAGAUCUUAGUAAUGUAGCUACCACAAUGAGGCCUGUCAGUCCGCUAGAGGUCACUCUUUCGAUAUCCUAGCUGCUUGCUCAGAAGAGACAGAUGUUUUUGCUAAGGUGGUUUAAAUAGCCACAGCAGGUUGAAGCAGCUGUAUUUCAACAGCUGUAGGGGUUUUUUAUUCAGUUGAAUUCACCUCUGCUUAAUUUCAUGUGGACUUUUAAACACCUGCUUCAUCUCCACUUCUGCACAUCUUGGGUGAACAGAAUAUGCGUAAUCUAAGAGUAAACAUGAAUAAAAUAUAAAACAAUAAGAGAGAGUUGUAUUAUUUCAUGCACAAAAUGUUGUGCAAUGUUAAUUUGGAGCUUUUGAUGUCAAUUGUCACACUCCAUUGUGAGCCUGCUAAUGUUGGGAAAUGGAAUAGUUUUGUUGUUAUGGAAUUCUAACAGCUGGGUCGUGUUUCCUACAGUUAUGGAAAAGCAAUGAAGCAAUGUUUGCUUUUUCUAUUCAUAAGUAGUGAGGAUUUCAGCUUUUAAAUGUAACUGAAUGAGUGUGUGUGUGUGAGAGAGAGAGAGCGAGAGAGAUUGCGAGAGAGAGCGCAUACAACCUGAAAUAGCUCAUAACAAAAACUGUAGCUGGGUUUAACAUUGGGGAUGUAUACGGAACCGCAGAGCUGCAGUCUGGCACUGGGGUUGGGGUUCCCUUAAGGGUGGAGGGAGGGUGUACUUACCCCUCCCACUGCUUUUCCCCCACCGGCGCGCAUAUUUUAGAAAGCAUUUGGGGUGGCAGGGUACCUCCCCCCCGCUCUUAAAGGACCCCCCCUGGUGGCGCCGAAAUGCCCCAUUUCCGGACCGGUCCGGAGGCCUGUAGAAUGGCCUCCGGACUGGUCCAUGCACAUCACUAUUUCAUAUUUUAAUAUAGAAUACAUUAAACCUCCUAGACAGGCGAUGUUGUGGCUGGGGAUGAUGGGAGUUAUAGUUCAACCACAGCUGAAGAGCCAAGGUUUCCUACCCCAUCCUAGAACAUAUUUAUGCAUAUGUGCUAGUGAAUCACCCACUUUCUGCUGUGGAGUGUUAACAGUACAACAAUGUUUUGCACUACUCCACCAUCAGAGCUGUUAUAUUUACAUUAAAUAUUCUGCAGUGGAUCUGCUAUCAUAACAAGUGUGGCCAGCAUUUCUUCACAAACAGAAGUUAUUUAUUUUACUUCUAUUACCAGUGUACUACAGGUGGUAGUAUCUAUAAAGAUUUCUGUGAAGCUAAAUCUAUAAAUAGUUGCAUACAAGGCGGUACAGCAAAUAUUUGAGAUUAGAGACACAUCAGAACCCUUACGUUAUUAUAGCCCUAUCCACACAUUAUGUUCAAUGCAUAUACAAUCUGCAUGCACAUACAGUUAUUCUCAUCUUAUACUGAACACAUCUUAUACAGAGUACACUUCCUGUUUGUAUCCUGUAUUUCAGGGGACCUGUACCCAGGCUCACUUAAAAUGACUGCACAUACAGUUAGUUAUUCAAACAAAAACAAGUACAUGUGUUCAGGUACCUGAAGGCAUGUAUAACGUAAAUGUCUGAAUCGGGCUUAUAUGUAUAUAUCACUAAUUAAACAUUUGUCACUGUGAGACCUACUAGGAUUUUAGAACAGCAUGAAGAUCUCUAUGGUGAAAUAACACAAAAUUGACUCAAUUUUUACAACAUCUAUGUGUGAAAAAGACAGGUCAGUAUUACUCAUUUUACAAAAGAAACUCUCUAAUUCCCAGUCCUAAGACUUACAAGCACUUAGGACAGUGUGUUGCAACAAUUAUGUUAAUACAGUGUUACUAAGGAUAAUGAUCUGGCAUUGCAACAAUAGUGCAAGAGCACUACAAAUGAAUAUGCCAGCUUAGUGUUUCGGAUUCAGGGCAAGAGGCUAGUGAAAACUUCAGAUAUGUACUUAGGAUGCCAAAGCCUGUUGGUGUGGCCAUGGCUGCUCUUCAGUGGCAUGUUGUUUUGAAUGUGUUACUGGUAAUGAAUGCUUUUAACAUGCACUUGUAUAUGUAAUAGGGAUCCCCAUACGUUCCAACCUGCAGGCAGCAGUGUGGCAAAUGAGUAUGCAAAGCCACCAUGAGAUAGAAUGUCUCCCGGCUGUUCUCAGAGGGCUGGUUCAUACAUUACCAUUGCAGCAUGGGAACUGCGCCUGUUAGGGGUGUGUCCUUGCACACCCGGGAGGCAGGGGGUGGCUUUGAGGCAUGGGGAGGGUGCUCUUACCUCCCCCGCUGGGCUUCCCUCUCUGGCACUGCUUUAAAAAAUGCUUGUGCAGGGUCGGCUGUAUGUGCUUGUGUGGUGGGUACAUGUGCGCACUUCCAGUUUUACGCUGACUGGGGUGGCAAGAGGGUAUACAGCAGCCACACACCAGCAUUUUUUAAAACAGUGCUGGUGGGGAAAACGUGGCAGGGGAGGUAAGAACACCCUCCCUACGCCUUACAGCCACCCCACCCCUGCGUUCUAACUGGUUCGAAUGCAGUGGUUCCAAACCUGUUCAGCGUUCCUUGAAUGGAACACCGAACAGGUUCGUGCACAUGCCUACCUCCUGUAUGGUUGCAUCCUAUGCUGCUCCAUUAACAUCUGCCGAAAGAAACUGUAUGUUGAGUGAACAGUGUGGUUUCUUACCAUGUGAAGGCAGCUCUCAUGCUGCAACAAUAACAUCUUAAUUGGGCCUGAAUCUGUUCUAUUUGUUACUAUUUAUAUACCGCUUUUCAACAAACAAAUUCUCAAGAGUUAUGGAUGGAAGGCUCUGAACCAGUAUUUUUUUUGUAUUGAACCUUUCUAGUUCUCUCCUAGUUUUCUAGCAAUAAAAACUUAGAGCUACUAACUUCAAAAGUGAGAGAAGUCAGCAGUUGGAUAGGUAGUGCUUCUAAUUAUAUAUAAACAAGCCUUUGAAUUACAGGAGAGCAUACAAGAUGCCUGAUUUCACUCACUUAAAAAAACAACUGUGAAUUAUUACAGUAUGAAUUCAUAGACAGAGUCUUGAAAUACAAGACAUGGUUCUAAAAAUGUUAUAUUGGUAAAAACUUGAGCAGCAUUAAUCAUCCUGAAAUCAGGGCCUCUAAUCCGCCCCCCCUCCUGUUAUGAUGGUAAAUUGUCAUUUUAUAAAACUGUAUUGAGGAGUCCAACGUAUUGUGAUUUGUAAAAUAAGAUUAAAUGAGAUUUUGUGGAAAUAACUUGUUCAAAGCUUCAUUGUUCUUGGAAAUAUGUUGUUUAUCCUCCACUGAAUUUACAGAUAAUAGAAAAUAUAUUACAAAGAAAUGACAUUUUCAACACAUUUGAAAAAGAUUACCAGUGAUGAAUUUACAUUUAGAGUUAUAACAUGGUUAUGCUGAAAAUAUAUAUAUUUGGUCAAAGCAAAACAGACACACUUGGCAGAUUCUUGGAAUUAUGGUGAUUAAAUUUUGUUCUUGUUUGA